AUGGCAGCGCGUCGCCAGUGGGAGACACGCCGACUUGUGUACCCGACCCGACCGACCAAAAUGUUCACCAAUAAACUUUAGUCUUGCCAAUCCAGGCGGGUGGCUCAGAACGAAAGUCAUUUUCGCGCGUUCACACAGCCAACCGCGAUAUCGUAUGCUAAGCGGGGUUAUCAUGGAAAAGCCAGACUUCGCGUAGUUGUUUGCAAAUUAUAAGGAUAUGUUUUCUACGUUCUUUUUUAAUACUAAACCGACGGCUUAAUGAUCGAAGGCUUCAUAUCGUAACUUCGGAUGAGGAAAAACAUUCUAAGAGUCAAAGAUGGCAAUGCCAACGUUGCCGCUAAGCUGCUCACCCAAAGUGAACCAAGUGCUCGAGUGCCCUUUAGUGGACGCGGUGGCCACCAACUUAUUAGCGCCCGUCAAGACGGAGCAGCAAAUUUUGGAAAAUUCGAUGCUCGAAGAUGACCCGAACUCGAACUGCGUCAUUGUGGAACCGGCGCAGCAGAACGCAUCGGGGCCAAGGUGGGGACCUCAACAUAAAGGGGCUCAAGAAUUGGCGAAUUUAUAUAGUAGAGGCAAGCGUACCCAAGAAUGCAUUUGCGUUGCCAUUUGUAUCACUCUAAUGGCGGUCAAUUUCCUCUUUCUGAUAUUCCAUCUGAAGAUCGAACGUAUCAGCGCGAUCGUGUUGGCGGCAUUUUGCGGGAUCAUCACCGCAGAUUUCUGUUCGGGGUUCGUGCAUUGGGCGGCGGAUACGUGGGGCUCCGUGGAAUUGCCCAUUAUUGGAAAGAAUUUUAUUAGGCCUUUUAGAGAACACCACAUCGAUCCGACGUCGAUCACUAGACAUGACUUCAUAGAGACGAAUGGUGAUAAUUUUAUGGUAACCAUUCCAUUUCUGGGCCGCAUGGUCUGGGAUUUUAUUACCCUCACGGAACACGAAGUGCAAAACAAGUUCACUUGGAACUGCUACGUUUUCUUGCUGGCGGUUUUCGUCGCAAUGACUAAUCAGAUUCACAAGUGGUCACACACCUACUUCGAUUUACCGCCUUGGGUGGUUUUCUUGCAAAAUUAUCACGUGAUUCUACCUCGUCGCCAUCACAGGAUUCACCACGUCGCACCGCACGAAACGUAUUUUUGCAUCACUACUGGCUGGUUGAAUUGGCCGAUGGAAAAACUUAAUUUUUGGAGCACUCUAGAGUUUCUUAUAGAGGCAUUUACUGGGUACAGACCUCGAGCUGAUGAUAUGAAGUGGGCGCAGAAACGAACUUAACGUUGUGCCUUAUUCCGUAUACAAAAAUGCUUUUUUUACACGUUGUCAAGUCAAACAGGUUGUGUUGUUAACAAAAGGUACCAAAUGUUGUACAAAAAUGUGAUUUAUUUUUUAAGAUAGCCACGCAGUCUCUAUUUUUUUUGUAAAUCAACUAGCUCCACUUUUCCGGAGAUCUCUUGUUUAGUUUGUUAAGCUUUCAUUGUACAAGUCCGUUAGAAAUCUAAAUUAGAACGAGAACUUUCGCUUAAGUGUUCCAUUGCAAUACAAUUCUUAUCGUCUGCAUGGCAAGCAUAUAGAAUAUUUUUUGUAGAAGAAGGUAGAAUACAAAAUACUUAGUGAUAUAACUGAAAUUUUGUAUUUUUAUGGUGUGAUGACAUUUUUAAAAAUAUUUAUAUCCUUAAAUAAAGUUUAUUAUUAUUGUUA